GGAAAGUUCGAAUCUUUGCUUUUAGGGAAUUAUUACAGACUAAACCCAUUAAUCUGUACUCAUAAAAGUAUCGAUUUUCCCCAAAAAUUUUGCUGGUUUUACAUCUGACCCUGAAGGGUUAGAUCGGUAAUCCAUAGAUCUUUGAUGGGUUCUGGGAAUUCAAAGAGAACCCAGAGACAAGACUCGUUUUCCUCUCGGUCGGAUUCGUCGGCGUCUUCAGAUAAAGAAUCUUACAUUCUAUACGGUCAAGAAAGCUAUAGCUAUCCACCCCAACAGAUCUGCAGUUCUGACUACGCCUAUCCUCAGCCGAGGUGCUAUUCGCAGGCGCCUCCUGAGCCGCCUUCCAACAUCCAUGGAAGUUCUUGGAAGAAACCCGGGCGGAGUUACGCCGACUUAGCGUAUGAGUAUACUUGUACAGAACAGGUGGUAGAGGCUCUUGCACAGGCGGGUCUAGAAGCUUCUGAUCUAAUCGUCGGUAUCGACUUCACCAAGAGCAAUGAAUGGACAGGAGCUAAAUCCUAUGGGAGAAAAUGCUUGCAUUAUAUUGGUGAUCAACCAAACCCAUAUGAGCAAGUGAUAGCCACCAUAGGGAAAACCUUAGGAGUCUUCAGCGAAGAUAACUUAAUCCCAUGUUAUGGUUUUGGAGACGCAUCAACUUAUGAUCGAGAUGUUUUCAGUUUCUAUUCGGACGGGAGAUCUUGUAAUGGGUUUGAGGAGCUACUAUCUCGUUAUAGAGAAAUCGUUCCUCGUCUUAGAUUCGCAGGGCCGACCUCGUUUGCCCCCGUCAUUGAAAUGGCUAUGACCAUUGUUGAGCAGAGUGGUGGACAGUAUCAUGUAUUAGUCAUAGUAGCCGAUGGACAGGUCACACAACAUCUCGACGACAGCAAGGAAAUGAGUCCCUAUGUAAAGAAGACCAAGCAAGCCAUUAUCCAAGCAAGUUAUCUUCCUCUUUCGAUAAUCGUAGUUGGGGUUGGUGAUGGCCCGUGGGAUAAAAUGAAGGAAUUUUGCAGUAUCCCCAACCGGGUCUUUAGUAACUUCGAUUUUGUGAAUUUCACGGAGAUCAUGUCGAAGGACGUGGAACAGAAUCGGAAGGAGGCGGGGUUUGGGCGUUCUGCUCUGAUGGAUAUUCCUUCACAGUACAAGGCAAUUUUAGAGCUCGGCAUAUUAGGGAGAAGAUAUGGCGAUGUCCCAAAGAGAAGGGCCCUUCCUCCUCCAAUGCCUGUAAGCAUCCCCCAGCCUGAAGCAAGUCCUGCAUUCGAUGAACAGGUAAAUCUGUAAUUUCCGCCCGUUUGAAUCGCUUUCAACGGUCUCAAUCUUGGGGGAAAAACAAACACUUUCACUUCUUUGCUUAGCUUAUAUUGGAACAACUGUUGUGACGUUUUCAUGGAGUGUCCCCCUGUUGAAUGAGAUUCAACGAGUCUUUUCAUGCAAUUUUUCCUUGUGGUUUCAUAUUUAUACCAUGUGAAGGUGGCAUAAUUUACAAGUUGUAUUGCUCUUAAAUAGGAUUAUCAUUGUAAUUAUUUUAUAAAUUGUCUGAAAAUCCAUCCAAUAAAAUACCCAGAAAAAUUUCUUAGACCA